AUGGACGUUGGCUCGAUCGUUGGCCUUGUGCCCGUCUGCUAUGAAAUAGGCGCCAAGGUCCAACAGCGCGUUGUGAUUAUCGACGCCUGCUGGGACCGUACCAAGCGCCAGGUCGACUUCAUGGUGCGUAUCGCCCCCAUCAUGGACCACGACCUGAGCCGCGUCAUGAACAAUCUGCUGGCGGAGCUGAACCGCACGCUCUCCAAGGCGAUCGACACAAUUGAAACAGUAGUGGGAAAAGAGCCACAUGGUCGAACUAGCCUUUUGGGAUUUGGGUUCAGGGCCAAAAAAGCCGCCUGGGUAUGGAAGAAGGACGCCGUGGAUGCCAUCAUUGUGGAUCUGGAGCACUGGCAGCGUCGCUUCGACCCUUCGUGGUUCCUGCUGAUGAAGAUCUCCAGUCCUGUUAUUGACAGUGAGCUCGCCAAAGCAAGAGCCGCCGAGAGGCAAGCGCGUGGACAGGCGACUGUGGCCAACAACCCGUUGGCAGUUGCCGUCGGUCUUCGCAAUGUCCUGCCACCCAAUCUCGAACAGGCAAAGUCCCCCAUUCUUCCAUAUGCACCGAUGGAAUGGCUCGACAUCUGUUUCUCGGACGUAAAGGCCGGAAGAAGGGUGUCUGGGGACAGCAGAUGGUACAUCAUCGACACCAUCGAGGUCGGUCCGUUAGCUAGGGUUAGAGAUAUCUCGCGCGAUGUUCGCUUGCUGGCAGCAAAGCUAUCGCAAACCGACCCCCUGGCCUUUGGAUUGCUCAAUUGCAAAGGAGUUAUUGGGAUUCCGCGUCAGGAACCCGCAUACCCAGAACCAGGCACCAGCCCAGGACCGGCCUCGCCCGAGCAUCUCGGUCUUCCCAGCCCAUCACCCCGUUCUCGCUCACGGUCUCCGGGUUCACGCGACUUCUCGCAUUUUCAGCUCGUAUUCAGGAUUCCAGAGGGCAUGGAAGUGUUGCAGUCUCUUCGCCAGCUCCUCUUGAACCCUGAUGAGCACAUCUCCCUAACCCAGAAGAUACGAAUCGCGCGCGAGCUCGCCAAAGCCGUCAAUUAUGUGCAUACAUUCGCCUUUGUGCAUAAGAAUAUUAGGCCAGAGUCGGUACUGUGCUUUGAGGACCCCAAUGGCUCGCGCAGCAACGUCUUCCUUGUCGGAUUCGAUGCCUUUCGGGCUGCGGGGGCCGGGACUAUCAUGGCAGGCGACAUGAGCUGGGACAGGAACGUCUAUCGCCACCCGUUGCGUCAAGGCGAUGACCCAGCCGAUAGGUACCGAAUGCAGCACGACAUUUACAGUCUCGGCGUCUGCCUGCUCGAAGUUGGAAUCUGGCAGAGCUUUGUCGAGUACACUGGCGGGGAUGAAGUGCCCCCAAGCGGCAGUCCCCAGCCCCAGUUUGGCCAGUCCUACUAUCGCUUCCAGGACUGGCUGCGUGAGAAAAAGCGCAAGGCCAAUCCCAGCGAGGAACCAACGAGCUUUUUGGACUCUUUGGCCUUCAAGCUGAAGGACUACCUUGUUGAGCUGGCGCGCACCAGACUGCCGUCUCGGAUGGGCGAGCAGUACACGCGCGUCGUGGUAUCUUGCCUGACUUGCUUGGAUGAUGAGAAUGAGGACUUUGCGGGUGUGGACGACACCGUAAGCGACGAUUUGGUUGCCGUGCACUUCAUAGAGACGGUCAUGAAGCUUUUGGACGGGAUAUCUGUGUAG